UAAUAACUAAAAUGAAACUGGGUAGGUAAAAAAGGGGACUUGUAAGUUUCUAUGUACUUUUGUAUUCUUUGUAUGUAUAGUUGGAUCGUAUAUCAAUUACUAAGCAGUAUUGCUCGAAUUUAAUUGUAGUUUUACAUUGUAAAAACAAUUAGAAUUUUUGUUUACAAAUAAUUACAAUUUAUUGCAAUGGGCUUUUCGGACACAAUGAAUUACAUUCUAUUUACCAACCCAAUUAGUUCUGGAACGUUUUUACUUCUUAGAGGUACAGCAAGAAUGGCAGGUGAUUAUAUAGGCUUACAACCUAAACAAGAAAUGAAAAUGCCACAGACUGUUCAAUUAUGGAAAUUAACAUCGGCUGUAGGACCUUAUAUUAAACUUGCUGGACUUAGUGGAGCAGUCGCUGUAAGUUUAGGUGCUUAUGGAGCGCACAACAUUAAUGCAGAAAAAUUCCCAGAACAAGCAAAAAUAUUCGAUACAGCUAAUAAAUAUCACUUUUUUCAUACAUUAGCUUUACUUGGUGUACCUCUUUGCAGAAGGCCAUUUUUGGCCACAUUAUUUUUCCUCAGUGGAAUAAUAAUGUUCAGCGGCAGCUGUUACUAUAUAGCUUUUACAAACGAUAAACGUUUUUCAAAAAUGGCUCCAUUUGGUGGUACAUGCCUAAUAUUAGGAUGGUUAUCUCUAAUCCUCUAAAUAUACGAUUAUCUUUACUUGUUUAAAUAUUAUAAUAGAAAUAUAUAUAUAUAUAUAUAUAUAUUGCGAUUUACUUUGAAGUGUAAGAACGUAUUUUAAGUUUGUGAUAUCUACUGGUAAAUUCAUUUCCGAGAAUAAACAUAAAUAACU